AGAACCAACCGGAAUAGACUAGAGUUGGGGGGACCAAAACAUAUCAAUUUAUUUUGGGGGGACCAGCAUAAAUUUUUUUUUAUUAUUUUUUUUUUACUCCUUAAAAUAUCUUUUUUGAGCAAGCGGGUCCCCCCUCCACCUCCCUCCUCUCUGCCUACAGACGUACCAACAGGAGCCUGCCUCACUCUACGUGAUUCAUGAACUCGAACGACGUACCCUCACCGCCCGGCAACUUCAACUCAAGAAUUAAAACUCCAACGCUCAACUCAACGACUCAUCCUUCUAUAUUAUACUUCUUUGCUUCGCUAGCUACGGUAGCUACCUAAGCCUGAUCUCCAUAUCUCCCUGCUAAGUUUUUCCUCUCAUUCAAGGACUAAACCCACCAUGCAAGUGCAACGCACCCAACAGGAACCACCACCACACGUCGCCAUUGUGGCCACAACAGGGAUGGGCCAUCUCAUCCCACUCGUUGAGCUCGCCAAGCGACUCGUCGUCCACCACAAUUUCCUCGUCACCUUCCUCAUCCCCACAGAUGGUUCACCCAUAAAACCUCAGCAAGCUGUCCUUCAAGACCUAACUAACGCCAUAUCCUCCAUAUUUCUUCCACCCGUGAGCAUUGAAGACCUCCCCGAGGACGUCAAGGUCUUGACUCGGAUCGAACUCACCCUGACUCGGUCCCUCCCUGCCCUACGAGACUCUUUCAAGGUCUUAGCCGAGUCAAGUCGGCUGGUGGCUUUGGUGGUUGAUUUAUUUGGUUCGAGCGCCUUUGAUGUGGCCAAAGAAUUCGGUGUUCCUUCCUACGUUUUCUUCACUUCAACCGCAAUGCUUUUGUCGUUGAUGUUUUACCUACCAGAGCUUGAUGGAACAUACUCUUGUGAGUACGGAGACUUGCCUGAACCGGUCAAAUUACCUGGCUGUGUGCCGAUCCAUGGGUCCGAUCUGUCGGAAGCUUUUCAAGAUAGAAAGAAUGAGGCCUAUAAAGGGAUUCUACACAUAGCCAAACGAUUCCCUCUUGCUGUUGGAAUUAUGGUUAAUAGCUUUCUGGAUUUAGAACCGGGUUCUUUUAAAGCUAUGAUGGAAGGGAAAGAGGGCAGGCCACCUCUUUACCCCAUUGGACCGCUAGUUCAGUCCGGUCCAGACCAUGGGGUUGACGAUUCUGAGUGUUUGAGGUGGUUGGAUAAGCAGCCACAUAGUUCAGUGUUAUUCGUUUCAUUUGGUAGCGGUGGGACGCUUUCACAUGAGCAGCUACAUGAAUUGGCCUUAGGACUUGAAAAGAGUGGACAAAGAUUUCUUUGGGUUGUGAGGAGCCCACAUGAGAAAGCUGCCAAUGCAGCUUACUUCAGUGAACAAAGCAUUAAGGAUCCUUUUCCUUUUCUUCCUGAGGGGUUCUUGGAGAGGACAAAAGGAGUGGGUCUAGUGGUGCCUUCUUGGGCUCCACAGGUGCAGAUCCUAAAGCAUGCCUCGACCGGGGGGUUCCUGAGCCACUGUGGGUGGAAUUCAACCCUGGAGAGCAUUGUGCAUGGCGUACCGUUGAUUGCAUGGCCACUCUACGCGGAGCAACGGAUGAACUCUGUACUGCUAGCUGAUGAUUUGAAGGUUGCUUUGAGGGUCAAAGUUAAUGACAAAGGCCUGGUGGGACACAAAGAUAUUGCAAACUACGCAAGAGGGGUAAUUAAGGGAGAAGAAGGAAAAUUGCUAAAGAGCAAAAUGAAAGAAGUAAAGAAUGCAGCUGAAAGGGCAUUGAGCCAAGAAGGGUUGUCAACAAAAUCACUGGCGGAGGUGGCUCAGAUCUGGAAGAGUAGCAAAGAAAAGUAAUAAGCAGUAAAUUAAAUGUGGUUUGUUUCUCACUUUCUUGAAUUCCUUUUUGAAAACUUUCUUUUUGAUAUUUUCAAAAUGCGAGUACCGAGUACUUUUUGUGUUUGCGACAACUAGAUUCUAUAAAUAUAAUGCAAGGAGUGGCACAUGGAACCAGAUACGUGUAGUUUGGUCCCAGAUUUGAUUAGA